CUAUCAUUCGGUAUCGGUAAACGGUUGUCGGCGGUUAACAUUUGUUUUAAACUUCUUAGCCUUUCGAAAAAUAAAAAUUUUAAAUUAAUUUAAAUAAAUCGAAGAAUAAGAAAAAAAAGUUUAAAAAGAUUUGUUCAAUUCAUAUAAAAUAAAACGCUUGACAAAAAAUCCUAAGCCGAAAGUUUUUUUUAUUAUUAAUUAAAAACCACAAAAAUUUAAAUUUCAAAUUUAAAACAAAAAAAUUUUAUUUAAAACUUAACACACAAAAUGAACUUUCCAUUAAUACAACAAGUGUCAGUUAAACGGAAAAUGUUAAUUUUAUUAGUUUUAUUUGCGAACAUUUUGAAUUGUUUGUGUCAGCAGUAUUCGUGGUGUGAUCCUCAGUUGUGUGGCGGUUCAAAAACAGUUCGACACAUUGCCUGUCGGAAUAAUGGUAACUUUCAUCGUCGUUGCUAUCCCGAUGCCAGCGAUGUUGAUAUAUCAAAAUUCAAACAUGUUUUCGUCAAUGAACACAAUAAACGCAGAAAUUUAAUUGCAUCGGGUCAAUUACCCGGUUAUUAUCCAGCAGCUAGAAUGGCCACAAUGGUUUGGGAUGAUGAAUUACAAUAUUUAGCCGGUCUUAAUGUACGCACCUGUAAAUUGGAUCAUGAUGAUUGUAAUCACACCUACAGAUUCCACAAUACCGGACAAAAUUUAUGCGGCAUCUCCAGAUUGAAGUCACGCUACGUAAAUGUAACAAAUCUUAUAGAUGAAACCAUAACUUUAUGGUUUGACACCGAAUACGAUUUGAUUGAUAGUUCUUUUGUCGACUCCUUUAAGGUUACCAGGAAUUUUGAAGCUUAUGGUCAUUUUGCUGAAAUGAUUGUUGAUCGUAUUGCCCGCGUGGGCUGCGCCAUAAUGCGUUUUACCCGACCCGAUUACCCACACUUGUAUGUCUAUAAUGUGGUGUGCAACUACUCAUCGGUGUAUGCUCUGGGUGCUCCCCUUUAUAAAACUGGUUAUCCCGGUAGCGGUUGUAAGACUGGUAGAAAUCCACGUUUCCCGGCAUUGUGUUCAGAACGCGAAGAUUUUGAUCCUAAUUAUUGAGAUUUUAUAUUUAGUAUAAAAUGAAUAAUGUGUAUCUGUGAAUUUAUUACUUUUUUUUAAUGUUUAAGGAUUUUUUUGUUGAUUUAUACAACAAUUUAGUGUAAAUAGUUGUAAAAGUAAUUUAGAAUUAAGAAAAAACAAAACUGUAUAUGAUUUCGUAUAAAAAAAGAGAUUAAAAAAU